AUGGUUCGCUCACGCUUGCAGUUAUUUUUUUCUGCAUGUCUUUAUCUCAGUCGAUCUUCAGUACAAGCAGUUAUAUUUUCAUGUAGACAUGCCGCUCCAUGUGGUCGCUCUCGAUAUAAUGCAAAUAUUAAUGCGAGAAUCGUUGGAGGUGAAAAAGCUCCCAGUCAUAGUUGGGGUUGGAUGGCUUCGUUACGUCUUAAUUUUACAAGUCAUCACUGUGGCGCCAUUAUUUUCUCUCACAAUUUUGUACUUACAGCAGCGCAUAGUGUUCGACUGUUCGUUUCUGCACCAAGUAUUUUAUCCAUCGUCAUAGAUGCAGAUACACUAAAUACUCAAGAAGGACAAAGAUUAUCAUUAUCGACAAUUUCGAUUCAUCCCUCUUUCAAUUUUUCUACGAGGGAAAACGAUAUAGCUAUUUUACGUCUCGGCAAGUCAAUCGAUUUUAACGAUGUUAAUAUUGCCAAAAUUUGUCUACCGUAUGUAUCGAAAUCUGAAGAACAUCAAUAUCCGAUUAUCAAUAGAUCUCUGGUAGCCAUAGGUUGGGGACAUAUGUCUUUCAAUGGUAGUAUGUCUUAUGCCCUCAGACAGGUGACAGUUAAAACAAUUGGAGAGAAGGAAAACAUGUGCAAGAAUUCAAUAUAUAAUGUCAAACUUCAAUUUUGUGCUGCAGUGAAUGAUAGAAAGAAAGAUGCAUGUCAAGGUGAUUCAGGUGGUCCACUGAUGUAUUAUUCAACAGAAGAGCAAUUAUGGGUUCUUGCAGGAAUAACUUCGUAA